AUGGUUAUACCUCCCAGGAGGUUUAGUCAGCCGGCUACUUUGGUGUCGCCACAUCGAACAACAUUAUGUGGGAUGUCCACAUCCUUAUCAUACAGGCAGAAAAAGAUAGUGGAGCGCGGAUCCUGGGGAAACCAGGUGGAGUUUUUCCUUUCCUGUGUGGGGUAUGCUGUAGGACUGGGAAAUAUCUGGAGGUUUCCCUAUCUCUGCUUCAGAAAUGGCGGAGGUGCUUUCCUUAUACCAUAUGUGCUGAUGCUGACAUUUGUCGGUUUGCCUGUCUUUUUCAUGGAGCUUGCCUUCGGACAAUUUGCUUCCUUGGGUCCAAUUUCGAUUUGGAGAGUCAACCCCCUGUUCAAAGGUAUUGGGUUUGCUUCCGUAUGUGUGUCCACUAUGGUAGCUAUAUACUAUAAUGUGGUGAUUGCCUACGCCCUGUAUUACCUCCUGGUAUCCUUGGUUAGUUUCGAUAAUAAUGUUCCCUGGGCCACCUGUGGGAAUGACUGGAAUUCUGACUUCUGCAUCAACAAUUUAACCCUCAUCGAAGACAGUAUGAACGACACGGAGAAACUCAACAUCCAACUAGAGCGGAUGAAUGUAUCCUGCGUACAAGGUACUAUAAUGAAUUAUGGACUGCCGUAUGAAAAUCUUACGUACGAAUUUGCAAAAAAGAAUCUCACCGAAUGCAGUUACGAAAGCUUAUACAAGACCUCUAGCGAAGAAUACUUCACUAACUUUGUAUUGAGACUGAAUGAGGUUAAGACUAUCGGAGAUGUUGGCGAAAUCAGCCCCAAAUUGACAGUUACUCUGCUUAUAGCUUGGAUAUUCAUUUUCUUCUCUUUGAUGAAAGGCGUCAAAUCUUCCGGAAAGGUCAUAUACUUCACAGCUACCUUCCCGUAUCUGGUGUUGGUGAUACUGUUGAUUAGAGGCGUCACACUGGAAGGUUACAAGAAAGGCAUAGAGUUUUACAUUGUGCCUAAGAUGGAAGAACUGGCCAAUCCGAGGCCAUGGAUUGAUGCUGCUAGCCAGAUUUUCUACUCCUUAGGACCAGCAUUUGGAAGUCUCAUAACAAUGGCCAGUUAUAACAAGUUCAAAAAUAACUGUUAUAGGGACGCCAUAUUGGUUUCCAUUAUUAACUGCGGGACUAGCGUGUUUGCUGGCUUUGUAAUAUUCUCUGUGUUGGGUUUCAUGGCUCACCUGACUGGCAAAGAUGUUAAGGACGUCGCUACCUCAGGUCCUGGCCUUGUCUUCAUUGCCUAUCCAGAGGGUAUUGCAAGAAUGCCUUUUCCUCCUAUUUGGGCCUUCCUGUUUUUCUUCAUGUUGUUGCUUUUAGGAAUGUCAAGUCAGUUUGGAAUGGUGGAAGGAGUUAUCAGCGCCCUUUCAGAUGAAUUUCCAGGUGUAUUACGUAAAUAUAAGCCAUACUGGGUAUUCUUUGUGUGUAUGACGCUCUUCCUACUGGGACUAACUAACGUUACUCAGGGUGGUAUUUGGGUGUUGACACUGAUGAACGAUUACUCGGGCUCAUAUGGGAUACUGUUCAUUGCCUUCUGUGAGCUGAGUGCGCUGAUGUGGUCAUAUGGACUGACAAAUUUCUGUGAUGAUGUUGAAAUGAUGCUGGGAUUUCGACCAAAUAUCUUUUGGAAAGCUACAUGGACAGUUAUAUCUCCGCUCAUCGUUCUUGCAAUCAUUGUGGCUUCCCUUGUACAGUUCGCACCGUCCGUUUAUGGUGAUUAUGAGUUCGAGAGCUGGGCACAAGGAAUAGGUUGGGCUAUGGUGGGACUUCCGGUUUUAUGUAUUGUCUUCGUGGGUAUUAUUCAGCUGGUUUCAUACGGGGGGUUUAAAGCUGCUAUGACACCAUUGGAUUCCUGGGGACCAGCAGAAGAAGAAUACAGGACAGGCAGAUACUCAGAUGCUUAUAAGCGAGCAAAUGUAGAGUCUCAUGGAUCAGAUAAUAAUGGGUACGUGUUAGACGACCAGCAUCCGGGAAAGGAAAAGAAUGGACAUCCCACUGUGGAAAUGACGGAGAUCGUAAUGGAUGAUAGAUUAUAG